UAAGACAGCCACCUUGUGAGGGCUUAAAUAUAUUUUGGAAUUUUGCUUCGCGUAUAUUGCGUGCUGUUUCUUUUUAUCAUUAUCAACACCACAGAAAAUAUACAGAUUCGAGAAAUCAGAAGGAUUUAUAGCGAAUAGAUAUGGAACAAAACAGGUAUACUACCAUGGAAAUUACGUUUUUGAUAUUAGUGCUUUUUGUAUUACCUGGGAAUAGUCAUACGCCUUUGUCUUGUCCAACGAGUUGUGUGUGCCAAAGCACCUUUGCGGUUCGUUGUAGUGCAGGAUUCACGGCGUUUCCGUCACCACUGACCGAUUCCAUCAAAUUGCUCUCAAUUAAUGGAAACUACAUGACACACAACAGUAUCCCUACCAUACAUCGGAGUGACUUUCAAUCCAUGCCUGGACUAGUUUCGUUACAAAUGGCUCAUUGCGAAAUUAACACAAUCGCAGAUGACACAUUCUUAUCACGUGGUUCGUUGAACUAUCUAGAUCUGUCAUAUAACAACAUUCCCCGAAUAACUGACAAGACAUUUUUAGGGCUAACAAAUCUGGUUUCCCUACAGAUCAGCGGGAAUCCGCAUUGUGAGCUGAGCGAGAAGACUUUUGAUAGUAUUUCGAAUCUGCAAGAACUCUAUAUUGCCGAAAUGGACUUGGAACGCCUUCCUUCUGUUAUGUUCACAAAUUUGAACCAUCUCAGACUUUUGGAUGUCCAUGGAAACAAAAUAUGGAAAAUUGAAUUUGAUUUUGGGGCUGUAUUCCCGAACUUACAACACUUGGAUUUAUCGAGAAACCUUCUAAAGGGACUGCCCAAACGGUACAACGACACGUUUUCACAUCUCACUACAGUCAAAAUGUCUGAAAAUCCUCUCCAAUGUAAUUGCGAAUUACGAUGGUUAAAGCAUUCAACGAAAAAGGCUCUGGACCCUGAAUAUGCCAGUGACGCAUUAGUUUGCUACGGCCCAGAACGUCUGAAAUAUGCUCCGAUUUUGCGCGUUCCUGAUUUAGAGUUUAAGUGUGUUGCACCCCAAAUAGUCAAUUGUACAACUGAAACGUACGUUGUGAUGGAAACGUCAUCCCUUCGGAUGUGGUGUGAAUUGGGGGGAGAUCCAUAUCCGGAUGUGACCUGGACAAGAUAUGAUGGAAAGAAUGUAGAAUUCACUUACGAAAACACUUCAAACUACUAUGUUUCUAGAACAGGAUCCUUGGACAUUUUCAACGUCUCAAAGGCCGAUGACGGUACGUGGACACUCGGUGUCAGCAAUACAGAUGGCCAGAACAGUCACCAACUGAUAGUUUUCGUUACUCCAUACACUUCAACACCGACGGCACAAGGGCAAAUGAAGACAGCAGAAACGUUGACGACUAACAGGUCGACAACAGGAAUAAUGACAACGCUUAGUGGUAAGAAAGGUAAGGAAAACAACGCUGUCAACAAUAAGAUUGGGACAGUGACGGGAGAUUAUGAAACACCAUAG